AUGUCCUCUACCAUUUCUUCAUCUUUGAAAAUAACACCAACAUCGGAAAUUAUCACACUAGCCGGAGGGUGCUUUUGGGGAGUGGAACGUCUCAUAACAAAGCAAUUCCAAGGACAGGGCCUAGUCGAUAUUAAAUGUGGAUAUGCAAAUGGAAAAUUGGAUGUUGGUGAGGUAACCUACCAAAAAGUUUGUAGUGGAUCUAUAAACUUUGUUGAAGUUGUCCAGGUAUCAUACGAGCCUUCAGAAAUUCAAGUCGAAGAAAUUUUAGAUAUCUUUUUCCGUAUCCAUGACCCGACAACUGUAGAUUCACAGGGUAAAGAUGUGGGAAUUCAAUAUCGUUCUGCAAUUUUCACCCAUUCAAAUGACCAACUAAAAGCCGCCUUGGUUGCUAAAGAAAAGGCUCAAAAUAAAUGGUACCCAAAUCACAAAAUCGUCACAAUUAUAGAGCCAAUUAAAGUGUACUAUGAUGCUGAAGAGUAUCACCAACGAUACUUUGCAGUACAUCCAGAAAAGAAGGGAUGCCCUAAUCAUUAUUUAAGGCAGACUGUCAAGGCAUAA